GAUCCCACGAGAAAUCAAACACCCGCCCACGCCACACCACACCACACCACACCACGCCCAGACGAACUGCUCCCUCCCUGCUCCGCACGACAGAGAAUGGGCGCUCCCUCCACCUCGCCGUCGCCGUCGCCCUCCCCGCCGGCGCCGCCCGAGGCCUCCUCGCCGGAGCUGCCGCUGCUGCGGCUGCGCUGCGGCGUGCAGCAGUACGCGUGGGGCCGGCGCGGCGCCGCCUCCCUCGUCGCGCGCCUCUCCGGAGCCCCCGACCCGGACCCGGCCCUCCCCUACGCGGAGCUCUGGAUGGGCACGCACCCGGCCGCGCCCUCCGCCGUGCUCCCCGGCGGCGAGCCGCUCGGCGCCUGGCUCGCGCGCCGCCCCGCCGCGCUCGGCCCCGCCGUCGCCGCGCGCUGGGCCGGCGACCUCCCGUUCCUCUUCAAGGUGCUGUCGGUGGCGAAGCCGCUGUCGAUCCAGGCGCACCCGGACAAGGGGCUGGCGGAGCUGCUGCACGCCAUGCGGCCGGCCACGUACCGGGACGCCAACCACAAGCCGGAGAUGGCCAUCGCCGUCACCGAGUUCCGCGCGCUCUUCGGCUUCGCCGGCAUCGAGGAGCUCAAGGAUGUUAUAAGGACUGUACCUGAAGUCGGAGGGCUGAUCGGACAUGAAGAUGCUGACAAGCUUAUGACUGUAAAAGAGUAUCAUGGUGGCAAUGAUGUAAAAUCCAGUCUGCAAUCAGCAUUCGCUAAGCUAAUGACAGCAAGUAAAGAAGCAGUUUCCGAAGCAGUUAAUAAAUUGAAGGGUCGCCUGAAUGAUGAGAGCAAGAUUCGGACCUUAACAGAGAAGGAAGAGCUCGUUUUGUCUCUGGAGCGACAGUAUCCAGAAGAUGUUGGUGUUCUAGCCGCCCUUCUCUUCAACUAUGUCAAGCUCAGUCCCGGUGAAGCAAUUUAUAUCGGUGCCAAUGAACCACACGCAUACCUGUCCGGGGAAUGCAUCGAGUGUAUGGCUACUUCAGACAACGUUGUUCGUGCUGGUUUGACACCUAAAUACAGAGAUGUGCAGACCCUCUGCUCCAUGCUAACAUACAAACAGAUCUUCCCUGAAAUAUUGAGAGGGGUGCCUGUGCAGCCAUACGUACGACGCUACACCCCUCCGACUGACGAGUUCGAGGUCGACUGCUGCUUGCUGCCUCCAGGUGAAGUGGUUGUCAUGCCACCGGUACCAGGUCCAUCCAUCUUCCUUGUCAUGACCGGGGAGGGCGAGGUUCAGGCAGACUCAAUGUCAGAUGGCGAGAAGGCGAAGGAAAGUGACGUCUUCUUCGUGCCUGCGCACACCGAGGUUAGGCUCUCUGCCUGUGGCCAUGCGUCGAUGCAGCUGUACAGAGCUGGGGUGAACAGCAGAGCAUUGUACGCCUGCAACGCUGCUGCUGCGGGGAAGAGGUCCCAGCUGCAGAACAUAUGCGAAGUGGCGAGUUAGCUGGGGCGCCGAUAUACUGUAUAGGCCGAUCAAUGAAAGUGCUGUCCAAUGGACGAGUAAAAAUAAGGUCCUUGAUGUCUUUAGAACAAGGUCCCUUGCGUAUAGGUCUUCUGCGUGCUCUCUGCUGUUAUAGAGAACUAACUAAUGGAGUUAUUGGUGAAUAAUAACAAGUUUCAGUCGUUCUGUUACCUUGUACUUAGUAGUUGUUCAGUAACCAAGUGUAAAAUCGUGGGGCUCUCCAGUUGAGAAGAUAAUUGGAGAUGCUGAAAAUACCAGCACCAGUUGUUUGUUCC